GUGCUUCCCCGGGCGCCAUUGACCAAUCGCCCUGUCAACAUGACGCCUCGCAACAUGUAACAUUGCACGGUUUAUGGGGUCUUAAAGAGCCUGCUUUCCCCAUUGGAGGUUUCUCUCCUUCUUUCCAGGUCGUCUAAACACUCUUCGAGCGAAGAUGCUUCUUCAACUUCUCCCACCGACUAGGGAAUGGGCCAGGAACUUCAAGUGUGCCCGUUUCUAGAUCUCACCUUUGCAUACCACUCCUCCACUUGCCGCGACUCCCGUUUCUGUCACCCGAUGAAGUUCUAUCCUCCAAAGAGACGUGGUUCUGUCAGAAUACGACGACGACCAGGAGACGUGCGACCGAGAUGAACUCAACGAGCCCGGCCAACGAAACCCGUUCUCAAGAUGAAGACGAAAUCCCCAUGCCCGAGUUUCAUAGCCUUGCAAUCUUGCAAAGCCACAAUGAAUCUUCUACGGGGCAUGUAUCAAUCAAUUUUGCAGACGCGCUUUGGCUCCCACGUUCGUCCAGCCUUGACACCACAGCAGGGCGGGUUCGUCGCGGCGUAGCCAUCGAAAAGGAAACGACAUUCUUUCGCUGCUGUCGGCAGUAUCCCAAAGCCGUCGGCUGGUCUCUGUUGCUGUUCCUCACGGUUGUCAUGGAAGCAUACGACAAGUCUCUAGUUACGGGUUUCCUUGCCUUUCCGGCCUUUAGGCGAAAAUAUGGACGACCGACUUUGCCACCAAACACGCCUCCUGAGGACCAAGUAUACGAGAUAUCGCCUUCUUGGCAGAUGGGCCUGCAAAACGCGGCUAUUGGCUGCGAGAUCAUUGGUCUCUUGGCACAUGGAUACAUCACCGACGUCAUUGGAUAUCGCAAGAUGAUGAUUGCGAGUCUGCUCUGGAUGUGUGCUGCCGUGUUUGGAGCCUUUUUCGCCAACGGCAUUGGUGUCUUGCUGGCAUCGCAAGCUCUGUGUGGAAUAUCAUGGGGCGUCAUUCAAACCUUGGCUGCCACAUAUGCAGCUGAAGUUGUGCCAUCUGUCCUACGCCCCUUUGUGCUGAGCAACAUCAACAUGUGUUGGCUCGUUGGUCAAGUCAUUGGGACUGGCAUUCUUCGGGCAUUGGUGCACAACACAUCUCAGUGGUCCUAUCGCCUCCCAUUCGCCUUGCAAUGGGCUUGGGCGAUACCCCUGUUGUUUGGCAUAUGCUUUGCUCCUGAUAGUCCAUGGUGGCUUAUCCGUCAUGGAAGAACAACAGAAGCAAAGCACGCUCUUUAUCGUCUCAGCAACGAGAGCAACAUGGAUAUCGACGACACAAUAGAGCUGAUGCAGCACACCAAUAGAGUUGAAAAGACUCUAAAAUAUGGUGGUGGUAGCUAUCUGGACCUGUUCAAGGGUGUCAACCGUCGCAGAACCGAGAUAGCCUGUAUGGCUUGGAUAUGCCAGGCACUCUCCGGUUGGUCUCUUACAUCCUACGCGCCGUACUUUUUCGAACAAGCCGGCUUCGACGCGUCCAGUUCGUUCAACCUCUCGGUUGCUGGAUACGGAGUCGGUAUCCUUGGUGGCAUCAUGUCGUGGACUCUCCUCUCGUUUGUGGGCCGUCGAAAGCUAUACCUCUAUGGCUUGAUGAUACCAGUCAUCCUGCUUCUCUCCGGCGGCAUCGUCUCAGUAACACUGGGAAGUCGCAAGGGCGCAGACUGGGCCCUGGGGGCCAUCAUCAUCGCCAUGACCUUUUUCUACGACCUCACCAUCGGUCCGGUGUGCUACGUCCUCGUGGCCGAGAUUCCAUCCACCCGUUUACGUGUCAAGACUGUUGCGCUGGCCAGGGUGACGUACAACAUAGCCAUCAUGGUGAACAAUAUCGUCAUGCCCAAGAUGUUGAAUCCGUCGGCGUGGAACCUUGGUGGAAAGUCGUGCUUUCUGUAUGCCAGUACGAGCUUUGUCUGUUUCAUCUGGUGCUAUUUCAGGCUGCCCGAGACGAGGAAGCUCACGUAUUUGGAGUUGGAUAUCUUGUUUGAGAAGAAGGCUCCGACGUCCAAGUUUAAAGAGCUGCAGGAUAGACUGGACGAGACUGCUUACCUCUCCAUGUUGAGGACGGAGCAACUGAGGAGUACAUGGCAUGGAUGGUUGGCAUAUUCAUAGUUUUAAUAAGAAUAGUAUUCAAU